AGAAACUUCAGCCUGAAAGGGGAGAUUGACUGACUACACAGAGAAAAGCAUUCCUGCCCUUGCUUCCAUAAUUAGGCUAAAACCAGGAUUUACAUUUGCUGGAGUCACUAACACUUAGCCUUAUUCUUCACCGCUCUGUCAGGCUGACAGCAUGGUGGAUACCCAGCACACUCUUAAUUAAGACAAGAGGAACUUCAGUGGACUCUACAAAGCUGCAGAGAUGGAUGUAUAUUAUACCAAUGAAGAAAUGUAUAUGGAUGUGUGAAAUAACAAGAGCACUGUAGUUUUAAAGUAACCAUGGUUUCUUGGUGGUCCAGUGCAUGGGUAAGCUGUCUGCUCUUCUUACUUAUCUGGUAUGAAAUCCCUGCGGAUCGAUGCACUGGGGGUCCGUCCUGCAGCAGCUCCACCAGCUCCAUAGAUAAUGACCAGCAGAAGCCUUGUAUGGGUGCCAGGUGCAAAACUUCCCGCUCUCAUAGACACGCAGCCGGCAGUGAUGGCUUUUCCCAGUCUGGGAGUGCUAGCCAUCAGCCCCCAGCUUCAGCAAGAGGCGACUUUUCUGGUGGCGCGGACACUUGGGGAGGAACGCAGCCCCACAGCAGCAAUGUCAGCAGGGAUUGUAAAGGCAUUGAGUGUAGACUGCCCCUGCGGAUCCGCUUGAAGUCUCGGGGCAAAGUCUCUUGCACUGGAGAAGGGUGCGCACCUGCGGAAGGGCAGCAGACGUUGGUGCAUCUGUCAGACAGGGCUGCUCAUUUUAUUGGAGAGGCACCAGAUCAACAGUACUCAAACUCGGAACUAGGAGGAGCUCCACUGGGAGUUCAGCUCACCUGUGACAUCAAACCAGGGGAAAAUGAAGUGCCAUCAGAAGAUGCUCUGAUCCUUCAGCUGCAACUGGCCAAAGGACAAGAGAAGUUUGUUGAGUCACUGAAAAUCCAACAAAAGACAAUAACGGAACUGCAGCAGAAACUUUCAGAACAGCAGAGCUUACUGGUUAACCAACAGCGAGAAAUUAUAGAGCAACAGAGGAGGAUGUAUGAACAAAUGGACAUCAUUAAAGGCCAGUACAGUAUCCUCUUUGACACUGUGAAACAUAUGUCCUUCCAGAGCUUGCAGGAGGACAUCCAGCAGUAUUUUGAAGCACAUCUUCAAGGAUUGCAGAGCCAGGUCCGAAACCACCUCCAGAAAACUUACACUGUACACAAGAUGGAUGUGGAUGCUAAAGUGAUGGAUGUAGGAAGGCCGCCACCCGAUUGUGGAAUUUGUGAAAGUGAUGAGUUUUGCAAUUUCCAUAAGACGCCUCCACAGUGUGAGACAUGCACUCUGUGUCCUGCUGGCUUCUUCCAACUGUCAGAUUGUUCUGAAAACAUUGACCGGAUCUGCCAGGACAGAGACGAAUGUAUGAAUUCUCCAAAUAUCUGUGGUGAGAGGAUAAAGUGCUUAAAUACUCCAGGUGGCUUCAGAUGCCUUGGAGUUGCUGAAAAGGAUGCAGCUUUGGGAAUAUGUGGUGAUCAGUACUUCUUUAAUAAAGAGCUUCAGGAGUGCCAGGCCUGCUCUGACUGUGAAGAAGAGGUUGUUGCAUUUCCUUGUACUGCUGAUAGUGACACUGUUUGCGCUGCAAUAAGUGAAAGUAAAUUAUGUGAAUCAUGGUCUGCUGGCCUGUCCAUGCCUUCUCCUAAAACGCCUAACUCCCAGAUAUAUCCAGGGCUCAGUUUAAAGAUCAGGGAGAAGGUGCAAUGUGAAAUUUUGACUCCAGAAGAUAGUCAGAUUGUAUUCAGACAACAUGGCUUGUUAUGGGCUGACCUUAACUUUGCAGUAAAACAUAAUUGCAGGAACUUUCUUCAACUUUCUUUAAAGCUCAACAACAGUGAAGAAGGCUAUGAACUAAGUGGUUCUAGAAUUGAGCAGCCAGAAGGAAAAUAUUUUCAGAGCACAAGUAUAAGUUGUGCAGUAGAAGUUGAGCCAAGCCAAACUUUAUCUGUGGUUCUAAAAAGCCCAAACCAAUUCUGCAACCAGAGCAGAGACUUUCAUGUUUAUGACCUAAACACACCACUUAGUUUGUUUUGGCUCUCUCAUGACACAGGUGCGGUGGCCAUGAGUGCGCAGAUGUCUACAGCAAUGCAUUACCAAACUAACUAUCGGCCAACCUUUAAGAUCAUCUCUGUAUCUGAUCCCUACAUGAUCAGCUUGUCUCAUGAUGGAAGAAGCAUCAAGUUAACCGAUUCUGGUGUUGUUAAAUUUGUUUUCCAACAAGCCCUGUAUUCCAUGGGUCCGACAUGUGUGCGUGAAGGCUUUACACUGAUUUCUUAUAUCAAUAGAAAUGGAUCAAAUUCUGAGUUAAUGCAGGUUUUUAAGUCAGGUGUUAACUACAGAGACACAUCUAUCUCAGCAUCUGGUGCUACCAUAGUCAGUUCUGGAGAUGUAAUAAGUUUUGAGGUUCUAUCUCCAGCACAAUGCAAUGUUCGAUACUUUGGUGAAAACUCUGGCAUAAGUAUGCUAAGUCUUAUCUGGAUUCCGACAGCAAUUUCUACCGCCAUCACAGCUUCAGUAUCUAAAACUGGAUUACCUACAGGGGCAGUCAGAAAUAAACUAUUGAACUUCAGCCAGGAUUUUCCACAGAAUAAAGUAAUACAGCUGAUCACUACUGGUCAGUUUGCCCACAAAUAUUUAAUUUUUUCAGAAAAUGGAGGUGUCAGUGUUUCCUUCAACCUGAAAUUAAUUCACUCAUGUAAUGUUGUCAAGGUGACAUUAAGUACACGGAUAAGUGAUGAAGUGCAACCAUCCAUAGUCGCUCAACAAAUCGGUGGUCAGAUGCCAGAAGGAAGUCAAUGGACCAGUGUGUCCAUUCGCUCAUCUUUCAAUGUGCAAAACGGCACAAUGUUGUCGGUUUCACUUGAUUGUGUACGUGGAAGAAUCAAUCAAAUCGCUUAUGACAAAGGGACUAAUUUAUCUGUCUUAUGGGUUUUAUCAUAGUCUUCCUAAAAUGCUAUAAAUUAAUUCAAAUUAACUGUACUCAAAGUAAUAGGUUUCUGAUAAGCAAAUGGUUUUAGGUGAUGUUGACAUUGGUGUUUUCAGCAAUAAACCUUUGCAACUGACCACCAAACCGGAGAGUCUUGUGGAAACAUAACAUGAAAUGUUCUGUUUAAGAACACACUAUGAAGGAUUGUAGUUUAUCAUAUUGUCAUCUUCCCUGCUUGUGGCGCCAAUUUGUCUUAGUUUUCAACAGACAGAUCCUUUUAUUUUUACUUCCACUGGAAAGCUGUAAUAUUAAAUAUAUAUACAUUGCUUUAACAGAGUAAGAAGAAAUAUGGUUUGUAACAUUUUUGCAAUAUUUGACCAACAGAAGAAGUCGUAGGUUAAGAUUUAUGGACUGUGCAAACUUCAUGUAACAUUGGUCUCUCAGUUUUCCGUUGAUGGGAUCUUCAGAUAGGCAGUACAACAAUUACACAAUAUUAAUAGCCACAAUACAUACUGCAGUAUUUGGUGAAAAUGUGCUACAAAAACACAUAACCUUGAGUAACCUUUGCAAGAAGAAGUAAAUUAGGGUGAAUCAGGCCUGUUUUGAUUGCCAAACAUGGUUGCUCCCUUUAUAGGAUUAUUUUUGUUAAUGCUUACAUAUUAAUGUUUUGUUAAGGGUAAAAAAUGCUUGUUUUUACCAUUUGUUUUUUCCAAUAUUCACUUUGUGACUGAGAAUGGAAAUGUAAAAGACACAAGGGAAACCAGUAUGGAGGUGAGGUUACUUAUGGUGAGAGCUUUUGGACUACAAAUUAAUUAUAUAAAAUGGGUUCCUACCUUAAAAAUCAUUUUCAAGGUUCUUGACCAGAAUGUGCCACAAUCCAAUGUAAAAAGAACAAAAAUAUUUAAAGUAUGUAAAUUAUGCUGGAAAUAAUUCAAACACAAAAAUAUAUUAAAUGCACGUGUUAAUAUGACACUUUUUUUGUUACCUAUGGAAUUAGAUUUCUAAAUUUAUUUUUAAUAAACUACUUAUUAUAUUGUGUAUUUUAAACUUUUUAUAAAUAUUUGUAUUUGUAUUGAAUAAAUGUGAGAUUGUGAAUUAAGUCUGAACUUAUUUAUACAACGUACAGUAAUAUUUGUGUAAUUUAUAUUUCCCAUUUUAAAUCUCAAUAUAAUAAGAUCAUUAUUUUCUAAUUAUUUUGACUAUUUGAAGGCACCAUAUUUGCUGUUGACUCCAUUUAAUGCAGAAAAUAUACUGUUAGCCUUUGCAUCAUUACUAGAUAUGAAUGUGAGGAUCCUUGUAAUAAAUGUGUCUCUACCAGAGACCCCCUAUCAAUCUCUAUUAAAGGACAAAUUUGAAAUUCUGGAUACACUUUGAAAAUAAACAUUUGAAUCAA